AAUAUCUCACUGGCCUUGGAAUGAGAGAUAGCAGGCUUGAAAAGUUAUGGGAAGGAGUCAAGGCCGACUUUUCAGACUGUGGAGGAAUCACAACAAUGUGUGAUGAGUUACCAGGGCCCGACAAGGCUUCCUCUGCUUUUUCAAACAUUUCUUCAUUUUCUUUUCCUGAUUUAACUGUGAAGUUCAAUAAUUGCUUCGAUCUGGAUCGAGAUGCACAGGAACUCAUCCUACAAUCAGACUUACACUAUGCUGUUUUACCAGGCGCAGAAGUGCCUAUGUAUUUCACACAUAAAGCUUGUGGAAGUUCCCUAAGUAUCCUUUUGUCGGAGAGCUCUCUUUCAAAUUUUGAGCUUAAAGCUUGCAUCGUGGUUAGACCUCCAACUCACCCCGAGGAUCGUUCUGUACAUGUCGGAGUUCGCUGGUACUUUCGAGGCAGAAAAGGCGUGGAUCCUUUUGGAAUGGAACUGGUCUCGUGCGAGAUGGAUCAUCUUGUUAUGCAUUUAAUUCGUUUCCGUGAAGAAGAAGUCCAUGAAUCUCCAUCUGAACUAUACAACAAUGUUUUGCAACUUGAGUUUUACUACCACAGUUAUGCUUGUUCCUACGACAACUUUAGCCUUAACCACCACUCUUGUCCCUUUUUACCUCGGAGGAUAAAAGGAUGCGGUGUACGAGUCAUGAAUAUCUCUCCAUCUCCCUUGGGAAGAGAUAGAAGCCCAGAAACAGAGUACUGCCAAGAGUCUGGAGAAAGUAAUGGAGAGAGUGAUAGAAGCAAGAAGAGGAUGCGGAUGACUGUUACAACAUCUCAAGAACCUUCCAACUCUCUGGCCGUGAACUCGAAAUUAAUGACUCCGAGUUCAGAGCUUUCCUUAGGGGUGGUUGGAGUUUCUACUCUGGUAUCUUCUAGAAGCAAGGUGCCCUCACCAUCAAGUAGCUUCCAUGGUGAUGAUGGAGCAUUACUUUCUCUUUCCCUCUCUUCUUUUGAUUCCUGUGAGGAAAAAUCUUUGUAUUUCGAUCCCAUGAUAUUCGAACAACAAGGCACAGAGACACCUGACGAGGAUCCUUCGCUGUCUCCA